ACUCCUUAACUAGAGCCAGUCUCCUUUAUUACUAAACGUCCAACAUGGCGGUCAAAGUUGACAUCAAACCGACAGACGAACUUUGGUAAUUUUGACAUCAUUUUAGAGAUUUAUACUUGCUGGAACAAUGAAUUUGAAUACAUUGAUGCACAACAGAAAUAUCUACAAAGACAAUCCUCCAGAUUUCAAGGAUCUUGCUCUAAAAUAUCCAUAUUUUAAAUCACAUUCCCGCGAAAACACAAAUGGACGUGUUAUGAUUGACUUCAAAAAUCCUGAAGCUUUGAGAGCGCUAUUAUACGCGUUACUGGAAAAUGACUUUGAUAUUAAGAUAGAAAUACCGUUAGAUCGUUUGAUUCCUACAUUACCUUUACGACUGAACUACAUACAUUGGAUAGAAGAUCUGGUAAAAUGUCUGGACGUUACUGAUGUGACAGGAAUCGAUAUAGGCAGUGGAGCCAGUUGUAUCUACCCAUUGCUUGGUUCAAAGUUAAAUGGAUGGAGAUUUCUUGCAACUGAGGUUGACGAGUCUAGUGCACGAUAUGCUAAAGAUAACAUCAAAAGAAAUGGAUUAAAUGAUAAUAUCACAGUUCAGCUCGUUACUCCUGAUAUGUACCUACUGCAACCUUUACAACAAGCUAAACUCAACAAGGCAACAUUCUGUAUGUGCAACCCACCAUUUUUCUCAAGUGAAGAUGAUGCCAUCCUUGGAGGAUCACGGACUGACAAAAGACCUGUCCCUAUCUCUGUUAGUACUGGUAGUACAAAUGAGACUGUCACUAAGGGGGGUGAGGUGGAAUUUGUUAAAGGUAUCAUUGAUGAUAGCCUGAAGCUUCAACAAAAUGUAAGCUGGUACUCAUCAAUGCUUGGCAAAAAAUCAAGUAUGAAAGCUGUGAUGGCUUAUCUAAAAGAAGUAAAAGUUCAUAAUGUUGUAAGUACACAAUUCUGUCAAGGUAAAACAAUGCGUUGGGGCGUGGCAUGGACAUUUAUGCCAGACAUAACAGUAGAAACUGUUACGAGUCCUCCAUCAAAGAGACAGAAAAAAGAGAACAAACCACUUUCGUUUAUGAUCCCUGAAGAUAGCCCCAUUUUACCCUGCCUGGAGGGCCACUGUAGGUUUGAAGAUGUAGUCAAGUGGAUGGAUGAUGUUCUGAGAGGCUUGACGGUAACCAUUGACGAACGUCGCCAAGAAAAGCAGGUCUGUUAUUGGCAAUGUUCUGCAUCAGAAAUUACCUGGACAAAGCAAAGGCAGAAAAGACGAAAACUAAAACAUGAGAGUCAAACUAUUUCCGCGAGAAAUCAUGAUGAACAAUACACUGCCUCUCAAGGCRAACAAAAACAGACUAGUGGUAAGUCACCAGAUAAAAAUGAAUGUGAUAAAAACUUGAAAGAAGAAAAAGAAACCAUUGACAAGGAAUUGUCUCCCGGGGAUUGUGAGUCAACAAAAGACARUUCUCCACUGUGUAUGUUUCAAGUCCGUGUAGAGAGUAAUGAUAAAAUGCAUGUUGACGUUCAGUGUAUUSGUGCAGAUAACAAAAACCAUGUUUAUCAGUUUUAUCAAUUUUUACAGAACAAAUUAGUUCGGGGAUUGUAACAGAGCUUUAUAAAACAAUUAAUGGUAUUAGAACCUUUUUGUAAGUUUUAGAGAUGCAUGUAAGGACGAUGUAAACGAUUUUUGUAAAAAAAAAAACAAUAAAAUAAAGUAUGGAUACAUUUCA